UCGCCGGGCGAAGGGCGCAGAGCUCGGCGGCUGCCGCGCUGCGCGGAGCUGCCUCCGCCGCGGCUACAGGAGCUACAAGAACUUCUGAAAGAACUUGUGACAAUGUGCAGUCUUAAGUGCUGCGGUCUCAGAACCCUUUUUCUAUUGCUGUUCUAUAGGUCAGUGCAAAUUCCUGAAGCUGAAGGAAAAAGUGAAAUUCUACCUCCAACAAUACAGAAAAUAAUAAAAGGGUACAACAAGUAUCUACGUCCAUUUUUUGAUAAUGGUCCUGUGUCAAUUGGAAUGAGUAUGGAUAUUGCAAGCAUUGAUACAAUAUCAGAAAUAAAUAUGGACUACACAGCUACCAUAUUUCUAAGGCAGCGAUGGACUGAUGAGAGACUUUGUUUCGAUGGUAAUAAGAGUUUGAGCUUAGAUGGUCGACUCGUGGAAAUGCUUUGGGUACCAGAUACCUUUAUAGUUGAUUCAAAAAGGUCUUUUCUUCAUGAUGUCACUGUUGAGAAUCGUCUUAUAAGGAUAUACCCUAAUGGAACAGUCUUGUAUGCUAUAAGGAUCACCACUACUGUUUCGUGCAGCAUGGAUCUGACUAAAUAUCCAAUGGAUAAGCAGACAUGUACUUUGCAACUGGAGAGCUGGGGUUAUAACAUCAAUGAUGUCAUGUUUUACUGGACCAGAGGAAAUGAUUCAGUUCGAGGUUUGGACACACUCCAGCUGGCACAGUACACAGUAGAAGACCACUUUACCUCUGUAACUGAAGCUGUGUAUGAGACAGGACGUUACCCAAAACUUGUGUUUCACUUUGAACUCAAGCGAAACAUCUUGUAUUUCAUAUUAGAGACAUAUGUACCAUCAAUCCUCCUGGUCGUGCUCUCCUGGGUAUCAUUUUGGAUAAGCCAGUCAUCGGUCCCAGCCAGAAUCUGCAUAGGUGUCACCACAGUCCUUACGAUGACAACACUGAUGAUGGGAGCCAGGACUUCACUCCCAAAUGCUAAUUGCUUUAUUAAGGCAAUCGAUGUGUACCUUGGUAUCUGCUUCAGCUUCAUCUUUGGAGCACUGUUAGAGUAUGCCGUGACUCAUUUCUGCACUCUGCACCAACUCAGCUCAAAGGAACUUCCAAAGAUUAUUGAUGAUGAUGAGGAGGAGGAAGAGAAGAAUGGAGUCCUGGCAGCAGUGACAAAGAGCUGCAGUGCCCCUGACAACACGAACAAGACUGAUUCAAACAAAAGCAAACAAACCAGCACUGACAGAAAGAGGGAGAGAAGUCAACACAGUGUGUGCGGUUCAGCAAUGUCGGUAAUGAAAAGACUUUUCUGUAUCUUUGAUUGCUUCCAUGUUAAAAAUCCUUACCACAUAGACAACUAUGCCAGAUUCUCUUUCCCGUUAUCAUUCAUCAUAAUUAAUGUACUUUAUUGGGUGUAUUAUUUGUAUUUCUAAAUAUUUCGUUUUGUAAUAUCGGUUUAAAGUUUGAAAAGUGGACAUGGGAGGGGAGUUGCGGAAAAAUGAAGUUACAUUUGGAUAAAGGGAUACAAAAGGACUUGCCACCUCUUCAAGUGUGUCCGAAAAUUUUGUUGACUCACUUUUCUGUUCUUAAAUGUCUGUCAUCCAAAACUGGCUUCAUAUUAGCAUGCAUGUCCCAUAUGAAACUACUUAUCAAAGGCAAAUAAU